AAUCACCGAUACGACAACCCUGCGGACGCAGUUUCACUCGGCCAACAUGAAGUUGUUUUCUCUCUCCCUUGCGUUGGUGUUGUUGCACACCAGCUGGGGUAUACUGAGAGUUGGAGAGAUCAUCCCGAGUGACUGGGGCACCAACUAUCGUUAUUAUGAUUACGUCAAAGACAGAGACAACUGUCGGUUUGGAUACAGGGUGUCCCCGGGUACCCAACAGGUUAUAAACGUCUUCAAUUGUACCUAUGAGAACGAAGAUAUGUUCUUUGUUCUCAAAGCGAUGACUUGUGCAACGAGUGCGCAUGUCCAGAACACGGAAACUUGUGACGUAACACCUGGCCUGUCCGAAGAAAACAACAUCCCUGUAGAGGGAGACCCGGACUGUCGGUUUGUCCAGAAGGGGGUGGCACCCGCCUCAGAUAACUGCUGCAAGUAUCUCCACUGCUCUGACGAUGGACUGGUCCGCCUUGGUACCCGGAUGUGCCCCAGGGGUCAGUACUUCAGCAACCAGACAUUCCGAUGUGAACACAUGUGGAAGGACACGGUAGAUGGCUCGAUUGUCUCCCUUACCGAGGCAGAAAUGUGUGGAACCAGAACUUUGACACCUGACAGGAAGAAAAAUUAUGGAGGGAUCAUGCAAAAAUGUCUGUGGAACUGGGAUUUCAACAAUGCGAAUACUUACAGCGUCGCUGAGCCUCUGAAUUGUAACUUCCGGUAUCUGUGUUCUAUGUACAAUCCCUCCUCAGUGAGCGCCUCAUACACCUUCAAAUGUGAACCGGACAUGUACUGGUCAAAUUCCCUACAGACAUGUGUCUCGCUCAACGAGCUCAUAAUGGAAGAGCGUCGUGAAUGCGGCCUCUGAACUUGUGAUUGGAUCGUAGAGUUUUGUGUGUAGCUUAACACGCUCUCUCUGUACUCAACUGAAAUCUUGUUUAAUAAA